UACAUUACAAAUAGUAGUGGUUUGAGAAGUUUGUCCAGGUUUGUCCUCAUGUAAGAAAAUUCGAACAGGAAACAGUAACAUGUUUGUGUGUUGUUGGUAUGAGGGUUUUGUUUGUAUUGGGGGGGGAGGAUUUUACAUUUUGGAUUUAGAGAUUUAAAAAAAAUAAGAUUUGGCUACCAAAUGUACGAGUUUUCUUAAGCUUCCUUUUCGUUAAUGAAUCAACUGAAAACAUCCUAGGAAAACGAGAAUGGUUUUGAGCAUAAGGUAAGGAGAAAUUUGUUGAACAGCCAUCCUAUAAAGAUCUAUUAUGGGAAAAGAGCAGGGAGGGAAAGGAAAGCACAGGAGACAAGAAAAGCACCAGGAUAGAAAGAAGGAAAGGAGAAAGGGAAUGAAGGAGAGAGGAAGAGAGGGAGGAGGGAAGGGGAAAAAAAAAAAGAAAGAGGCGGGAACUAGAGGGAGAAAGAAGGAAGGAGUGAGGAGCGACUUAUUUGAAUAGCGCCUCAUUGUGCAGCCAGGCUCCUCCCAGCUGCCGCUUCGGAACCUACUUGUGAAUCAGCCGAAUGCAAGGAGGGAGAACGUAAUUCUAUGCCUUGCACAGAUGACAGAGAGCAGAAGAAACACUGUUCUACUAUUAAGCAUGGAACAUUAGACCUAAUAAAAGCCGGGUUCGGGUCACUGGGAUGGAGGAGCUGGAGCUGCUGUCUCCAAGCCUGGCUCCCGACUCUCCCACUUCGCUCUCUUCCUCCGCCUGUCUCCUCCUUUCCCCGGGGCUCUGCUGAGUUCAUUCACUGGGAUUGGUUUCAAAUGACGCCAUCGCUUUAUUUUUAAACCAAUGACCUCAUCCUAGCUUGAAGUUUCCUGACCAGCGACUCUUUCUCUUUUCCCCCAACCCUCCCCCUCCCCCCUGCCUUUUCCCCCACUUCUGUGUAUCCCUGCUUUUUUGGGGGGGAGGGAGAUUUAAUUAUUUUAGAGAAAAAACUAUUAUUAUUCAUCUUUCUCCCCCUUUCACUUUCUCCUCAAGUGUCUUUUCCUCCCGAAGUUUUUCAUCCUUUUAGACUUUUUUUUUUUUUAACUCAAGGCAGGUUGGGGGUGGGAGAAGAAGAGUUGCAAAUUUCCUCUCCUAACCCUCCCAUCGCUAAGCUUCGGAGAAGGAGAAGAUAAUAGAGAGAAGAGGAGGAGGAGGAGGAGGAAGAGGGGAGGAGGAGGAGAGAAGCCGGGCCAGCGUUGGCGGCGGCGGCGGUGGCUGCUCCUCGGAAGGGGAAGAGCCCCCGGGAGACGGACGCGAGUGACAACUUUCGUUUCUUCCCGGGCAAGCGAGGGGAGCGCAAAAGAGAGGUGGGGAAAAGCUUUCAUUCCUUCGCAAAGCUCUUGGCGAGAGGAUGCCAAGGUAAAAGAUGAUGUAAUGCCGGGGCAGCCCUGAAGCAUCUUUUGUUGGAAUUGUGAAAUGGUUACUCCAGUCAUUUCUUUAUGAAUCAAAUGUGAGGGGCCGCUUUGUGGAAUGAGCCUUUUGUAACAGCGAAUCAACAGGAAAGAGAAAGAGACAUUCACUUGGAGGACUCUUGCUGCAAAUGGGUUUAAGUUUCAUUUUGCCAGUCGCUACCAGGCUGACCUCAUACAUCUUGGGUACAAUGGAGUGGCUAAGCCUUUGAGUACACAACCAUUACAUCAUCGGUGCAAAUUUUUAAAAAGGAGGUAAUAAAAGGGGACUUAUUGUUGACAUGGCUGAUGAGAUGACUGGGACUCAAAUUGUUACUGAGAGGUUGGUGGCUCUGCUAGAAAGUGGAACAGAGAAAGUACUCCUAAUUGAUAGCCGGCCCUUUGUGGAAUACAAUACAUCCCACAUUUUGGAAGCCAUUAAUAUCAACUGCUCCAAGCUUAUGAAGCGAAGGCUGCAACAGGACAAAGUGUUCAUUACAGAGCUGAUCCAGCACUCUGCAAAACAUAAGGUUGACAUUGAUUGCAAUCCAAAGGUGGUGGUAUAUGAUCAAAGCUCUCAAGAUGUCGCCUCUCUAGCUUCAGACUCUUUUCUGACUGUACUUCUGGGUAAACUGGAGAAGAGCUUCACCUCUGUGCACUUACUUGCAGGUGGGUUUGAUGAAUUCUCACGUUGUUUCCCUGACCUCUGUGAAGGAAAAUCUGCUUUAGUCCCUACCUGCAUUUCCCAGCCCUGUCUACCUGUCACCAACACUGGGCCAACCCGAAUUCUUCCAAAUCUUUAUCUGGGCUGCCAGCGAGAUGUCCUCAACAAGGAGCUGAUGCAACAGAAUGGGAUUGGUUAUGUAUUAAAUGCCAGCAAUACCUGUCCAAAGCCUGACUUCAUCCCUGAAUCUCACUUCCUGCGAGUGCCUGUGAAUGACAGCUUUUGUGAGAAGAUUUUGCCAUGGCUAGACAAAUCGGUUGAUUUCAUUGAGAAAGCAAAAGCCUCUAAUGGAUGUGUGCUGGUACACUGCUUGGCUGGAAUUUCUCGCUCUGCCACAAUUGCUAUUGCCUACAUCAUGAAGAGGAUGGAUAUGUCCUUAGAUGAGGCCUACAGAUUUGUGAAAGAAAAAAGGCCAACGAUUUCUCCAAACUUCAAUUUUCUGGGCCAACUGCUAGACUAUGAGAAAAAGAUUAAGAACCAGACUGGCACACUGGGUACAAAAGGCAAGCUGAAACUUCUGCACUUGGAGAAAACCAGUGAAUUUGUCGCCACCACUUUAGAAGGAGCACAAAACAGCGAACCCUCCCUUAGUACCCACUCUGCUACCUCAGACACAAUGGGGCAGAGGUCUGUGCACCCUGUGGGUCUUCCAGGCAUGCAGCUAGCAUCCUUUGAGGACAGUCCACUGGUACAGGGAAUCAACGGACUCCACAUGUCUUCAGACACUCUAGAAGACAGCAAUAAACUCAAGCGUUCCUUCUCUCUAGACAUCAAAUCGGUUUCCUACUCCUCCAGUAUGGCGGCGUCUUUGCAUAGCUUUCCCUCCUCUGAGGAUACUCUGGAAUACUACAAACCCUCUAGUGCUUUGGAGGGAAGCAGUAAACUGUGCCAGUUCUCUCCAGUUCAGGAAGUGUCUGAACAGACUCCAGAGACCAGUCCGGACAAGGAGGAAGCUUCCAUCCCCAAGAAGACCCAGCCUACUUGGCAGUCAGAAAGCCAGACCAAGAGGUUGCACCCUGGAAGAACCAACAGUGGGAACGGCGCCCAAAGGCCCCUCCUGUCCCCGCUGCACCGAAGCGGGAGCGUGGAGGACAACUACCGCACCAAUUUCCUGUUUGGCCUUUCUACAAGCCAACAGCAUCUGGCCAAGUCCGCUGCCGGGCUGGGUCUCAAGGGCUGGCACUCAGACAUAUUGGCUCCCCAAGCUUCCACCCCUUCCUUGACCAAUAGCUGGUACUUUGCCACCGAGUCCUCUCACUUCUACUCGACUUCUGCCAUCUACGGGGGCAGCUCCAGGUACUCGGCCUAUAGCUGUAGCCAGCUGCCUACUUGCAGUGACCAGGCCUUUUCCGUACGCAGGCGGCAGAAGCCGAGUGACCGGGCCGACUCGCGGCGGAGCUGGCAUGAGGAGAGCCCUUUUGAAAAGCAGCUGAAACGCAGAAGCUGCCAGAUGGAAUUUGGAGAGAGUAUAAUGUCAGAGAACAGGUCACGGGAAGAAUUAGGAAAAGUAGGCAGCCAGUCAAGCUUUUCAGGUAGUAUGGAAAUCAUUGAAGUAUCCUGAGACAAUAAGGACAUGUGGACUGGAAAUUUUUAUCUUCCUGUUUAACGAAAAAAAAAAAGAAAUUCCCUGUAAAUCUGAAAUAUAUGUAUGGACAUAGAUAUUUUUGGAAAGUGGGGCUUUGGUGUAAAAGCUGUUUUCUCUUACUCUAAUGUCUACAUGUGGGAGAGCAGCUAAUUUUUCUCCCAGUUAAAAGUGGAAGGGCAGAUGUUUAAGAUUUUUUUUCCCCUGGACAGAUGAAGCAGUCGUAUGCGAUAAAUUGCACAUCCUCUUGUUCUUAUAAAAGAAAGCUUUAUUGGUAUUAGAGGACAGCACCAUUUCCAAGUUGUGCUACUAAUAAUUCUCAAAAGUUAGUCCUUACCCAAUUCUUUCACAGUGCACCUUAGCCCUGAAACUGAGCCAGCUUUUGGGUCAGGCGGGUAGACCCUAUUAGGGACAGAAACAUAGUUGUGAAUCCAAAAGAAAACUCACUGCAGCAGAGGCCCAUCUGAACAUCAAAGCACAUUCAGUAAACCCAGUGACAUAAAAUAUCAUUCUAAUGGACAGGCCAUUAGAUGAUUUCCAAGAGCUGCUUUAUAAAAAGCAAAAACCAAGUACCUCAGAUAAUACAAAUUAGGGCUUUUACUGCUACCCAUUUCUGGUAGCUGGUUUUGUAAGCAUUGUGAAUAAGUAGUUAGCUAGUCAUAAUUUUAAGGGCAAUUUAAGCUGUCUAUGCACAAAUUUCCAGUUGGGCCUAGAUAAAAGUGGGUUUAAAAAAAAAAAGGUUUUAUUCUCUGACUUGGGAAGGAAAAGACUGAAAACCAUUUUGUAGUUCAUUUAAAUAGCUAGGAAUCAGGCACUCUACUGAUUUAAACAACAAUUGGGUGGUUAGCCAAGUCAGCAUCCAUCCAGCAGAUCAAAAUGGAAUUUUAAAAAAUGAGAUCACUAACCAUUGUGUUUUCUGUAAAACCAAAAAUAUGUUUGGUGGCAACAGCAAUGGCUCAGGUGAUCUAGGCCUAGCAGCAUGUUUUCCACUGCUCUUAAUAUGAGUUUAAUCACUGUGCAACCCGAAGACAUUUUUUUUAAAACAGGAAAGCCAGACAAAAGAGGGGGAAAAUCUGUGGAAGGAUUUAAUGGAAAGAAAAAGGGCAGAAGGAAAAGAAGAAUGUAUCUGUUUCCCUAGCAGCAUUUCUUUUUUUGGUAUAAGUUCCAUCUGGGAAAAUGUAGUAUUCACCUUACAGUGGUGCCAUAGCUGAUGGCCAUCCCCAAGCAAUUCUCAAAAGCAAAUACCCUUGUUAUUUUGGUAGCUUGGGGCAAGAAAAAAAGAGUACUCAGUCCUGAGCUGUAAUCACUGUAUGGCCAAUCACUCGAGGCAGCUGAAAAUUUAAAGUGAUUAUGGCAGGUAUGUAAGGGAUAUCACUUAUUUACUUUUAAACUUUUUAAGCUUGAGUCUUGUCAACUACAAUGUGGUCCUCAUUUGAAGCCUUAAUUCAUGUCAGCAACUUGGGUUUUUUUUUUUUGUUUGUUUGUUUUGUUUUCUUUUGUUUGUUCUUUUUAUCCUCUUCAAGGGUAGCUAGUUGCUGACUCAAAUCUCAGGUUUUUUAUAUGGUGAGAAAUGGACAGGUCUUUUUUGACCAGGAUGUGACUUACAUUUCCUGUGGUGAUUGCAAAAAUCCAGCACAGAAUGGAAUGAUUUGAAGAUGACUGAACUUGAUCAUGGUGAGUGUGAGGGUUUCAUAAGUGCAAGUAGUGACCUAGUUGUUGCAUAUGAAUGAAAUGCAGGUAGAGAGGGAAUAAACUGCUCAGUGUGCCACUUGGUUUCUGUUAUGCAGAGUUCGAAUGUUUGACAUAGACCCAUUCUCAAGGUUUUACACAGACAGACGUUCUGAAUGUGUACUAUUACUGUUCUCUUGAUACAUAUCAACUCUUAAAUUGCUCAUUAUUCAAGUUGAUGAAUGGACACAAAUCAUUCAUUGAUGUGAAUAAUAUGUACAUGUGGACAAUCAGGUGUCCAAAUCCCAGUCUCAACUGUCAGACUUCUUAAAUGUUAAUAGUUUCAACCUUACGGACUUUUCAUGAAGGUUUGUACGACUUUAUAUCUUAACAACAAAAACGUAUCAGCCGAAACCCAAAUCACAGACCUCUCCCUAGGGUUUCUCUUCAUGCAGCUCUGAAAUGGUGUCACACCAUAACCGACAGGCCUAAUAGCUAAUAUCACAUCAUCAGCUCUUCAGCGUUGAAAGUAUGGCCUUCUGGACCACUCAGACAACUCUGGGUGGCAUGGUUGGUACUCGCACUCAAGAAUCCAUUCUUAGGGUAAGCCUUAGAGCCUAUUUAGUGCUACACAGGAUGGUGAUUAAAAACAAAACAAAAUCAAAACAACAAAAAACGACCAACUAGAAUUCUAUGAGAAAUGCUGGAAAUGGUUUUAGGACAUUUGUAAAAAUUAGGUGGAUCGAAUGUGUACAUUGUAUACAUGAAUCUGAAUAUAAUAUUCUUUGGGUGUAAGGCAAGCUACAUGGUUAAAAAUUGUGCAUUUCUCACUUUGUGUCAUGAACAUUAUUGUAUGUUAAUAUGAUGAAUAAAAUCAGAAUUGGUACCUGUUUAUAUGUAAAAUCAAAGAA